CUCUGCCCAUCCAAACAACAGGGAAGAUUACUUGCAGCUUUAUUUUCCUUGAAUCCCUUGAAACUCGUCUCUUGUUGCGAAGAUGUGCUUGAACCGCUCUCUUUCUUUUUCUGGAGACCUGCAGUGUCCUUGCAGCACAGGCAACUCUGGGAAAACGCAUGCAAUCAUCUCAGACUUCGACUCAAGACACAAAUGCCCGGUUUAGUGUCAUGCCUUGGCGAUCUAAUAGUCACUGGAAUCAUCCUCCUGUUCUCUGACCACGUCCAGUCAGAGAUAUGGACCAAUGAAGUUUCAGAUGUCCAGUUCGGUGGAUUGGGCUCCACGGUCACGCUCAUAUGCGGAGGCGCUCACGGCGGGUCUCCAGUGGAAUGGCGGUUCAAUGGGAGCUCAGUAACACCGCUGCAAACACACAAGGGCUCGCUUGCGCUACUGAGCGCCACACACUCGAUGGAAGGCAACUACAGCUGCCAUGAUGAACGAGGAACUUUACUGCACUCCAUCAAACUACGCCUGGGAUAUGAGGCAACAGAUGGAAACAUGGACAGGAUUCUGAAUGUUCUUGUUCGGUACUAUGAUGAAGAUGUGGGAAAAGUGGCAACCCAGCAUCUAGCCUCGAGGAAACUGAAUAUUGCAGAUGCCUUAACAAUCACAAACACAUUGAAAGAUAUUCUCCAGUCAUAUAGCCUGAACUGGAAUCAGGUUGCUGGUAUACUGUUGGAUAACUGCAGUGUGAUGAGAGGGAAAAAGUCUGGAGUAGAGACACUAGUCAGAAGAGAAAAUCCAUCACUGCUGGAUGUCAGCGGAGACACUGUCCAUAUGGUCUCGAAUGCAGCCAAGGCCCUUUUAAAUCCUUUCCAGGGAUUUGUGGAACAAUUUUGCUCUGAUGUAUACUAUGACAUUGAAAAAUCACCCAAACAGAAAGAAGUUUUUUCUGAGUUUCAGUCCUUACUUCAUUUGGAGAAUAAGAGCCUAAUACGUCCCAUCAGCAGCAGGUUCCUGCAAAUGUUGGAUGUGUGCAACAGAAUACGGGAGCUUAUGGAUCCAUUGACUGUGCACUUCUACAGCGUCCUGUCUUCUCAUGAUCAACACAAACACAGAUGGCUCCUGAACCAGCUUCUUGAUAAGCCUGCAGUUACAUCUGAUGAGAAGGCCAGGAUAAUUUGUCUGCAACAGCAAAUGGCAAAAUCUGCAAGGAUCGGAAGUGAUGUCAACAAAAAACGAAAGACACGCAUCUGUAUGCUUUUUUCAGAGUUCGACAAGCUCACAACCAUUAUUGAUUUGUAUCGAGGUGUACUUCCAACUUUUCAGGUGUUCCUGAAGAAGUUGCAACAUGAAAAGCCCAUGAUUCAUGUGCUGCAUGCUGAAAUGCUGCUACUGGUUAGGGAACUUCUCUCCAAAUUUAUGAAGCCUGAAACUAUUCCUUUGAGUGCAAAGGGCUUGUUGAAGCUUAAUGUUCACCAGAGAGACCUGCAGUACACUGACAAAAGGUUGUCUGUGGGGAGAUUCAGCUUCUUUGCCUUAAACAAGGCUAGAGUAGAAAAGAAGCCCUGGGUGCAGAAGGUCUACAGCUCUCUCAGAGAAGGCUACAUAAAGGCAGCAACAUUCCUCCUGAAAAACCUGCCCCUCAACAACAACAUCAUCACCUCUUUAUCUGCGCUGACACCAUCAUUGAUUCUCCAUGAAUCAGUCCAAGGUGCAUUCAACACCUUGGCCAAGGCCUUGCCAAAUGCUGUGAAGUCAGAGGAGUUGGGUCAACUGGAUGAAGAGGUUCGAGCCUACCAGAUUAAUACAGAUCUAGGGACACAGGCCAAAUGCUUUGAGGAGAACAAUGCACGAAUCGAUGUUGACUGGUGGAGUAAGAUUUUCGCCAUGAAGAUGCCAGAAGGAGGAAUGAGGUUCCCCAUCUUAGGGAAGUUGGUAAAGGCUCUUCUGUCAUUGUUCACUGGCCCUCUUGUCGAAAGAUCAUUUAACAUGAUGGAUGAUAUAAUUGAGAAAGACAGGGUUAGGCUGAACAUUGAGACUUAUGAAGGCUUAGCCAUUCUCAAGUCCCACAUGAAGGUAAUGGGCAAAACUGCAUCUAAAAUGCAAAUUACCCCUGCAUUAAGGAGAUUUUGCCUGUCUUCUUAUGAGACAUACCAAAAUCAUCUGAAGAAAAAGAAGGUGAACCUUGACAAGCAAAAGGAAAGGAAACUGAGGGAAGCUGUGAAGGUCCUCUCAGCAGUUAGGGUUAGAAAAGUAAAGAAAGGUUCCACCUCUUCUGUUUGUGCUAAAGCCCCCACCUCUUCCACCCUUGGAGUUAAACGAAAAGCUGCUGCUACAGCCUCCACCCCUGCAGUUAAAGGCACUGCUGCUGCUACAGCCUCCACCUCUUCCGCCCUUGGAGUUAAACGAAAAGCUGCUGCUACAGCCUCCACCCCUGCAGUUAAAGGCACUGCUGCUGCUACAGUCUCCACCUCCUCCACUGCUGGAGUUAAAGGUAAAGCUGUUGCUACAGCCUCUUUCUCCUCCACCCCUGGAGUUAAAGGCAAAACUGCUGCUACAGUCUCCACCCCCUCCACUGCUGGAGUUAAAGGUAAAGCUGUUGCUACAGCCUCUUUCUCCUCCACCCCUGCAGUUAAAGGCAAAACUGCUGCUACAGCCUCCACCCCUGCAGUUAAAGGCACUGCUGCUGCUACAGUCUCCACCCCCUCCACUGCUGGAGUUAAAGGUAAAGCUGUUGCUACAGCCUCUUUCUCCUCCACCCCUGCAGUUAAAGGCAAAACUGCUGCUACAGCCUCCACCCCUGCAGUUAAAGGCACUGCUGCUGCUACAGUCUCCACCUCCUCCACUGCUGGAGUUAAAGGUAAAGCUGUUGCUACAGCCUCUUUCUCCUCCACCCCUGGAGUUAAAGGCAAAACUGCUGCUACAGUCUCCACCCCCUCCACUGCUGGAGUUAAAGGUAAAGCUGUUGCUACAGCCUCUUUCUCCUCCACCCCUGCAGUUAAAGGCAAAACUGCUGCUACAGCCUCCACCCCUGCAGUUAAAGGCACUGCUGCUGCUACAGUCUCCACCCCCUCCACUGCUGGAGUUAAAGGUAAAGCUGUUGCUACAGCCUCUUUCUCCUCCACCCCUGCAGUUAAAGGCAAAACUGCUGCUACAGCCUCCACCCCUGCAGUUAAAGGCACUGCUGCUGCUACAGUCUCCACCUCCUCCACUGCUGGAGUUAAAGGUAAAGCUGUUGCUACAGCCUCUUUCUCCUCCACCCCUGCAGUUAAAGGCAAAACUGCUGCUACAGCCUCCACCCCCUCCACCUCUCCUGGAGCCACUCCUGCACAUGUAGCUAGUCAAACACUAAAACGGGUGUCAGGUGUAGCCAAGCUUCAGGAAUAUGGUUUCACAGCCAAAAAGCAGAAAAAGUGAAAAGCACUCUUGAGACAUUUGCACAAGAAAAGCACUUUUUGGAAUUUAAUGGUGGUGCAGUUACUUUUUUUCCUGUUAAUUAUUAAUAGUUUCACAAAACAUUGUUUGGUGUUAUAAGAAACAUAAAACAUGCACUGAAAAUGCACUUUUUGAAAAAGCACUUUUUGGAAUUUAAUGGUGAUGCUAUUACUUUUUUUUUUUUCCUGUUCAUUAUUAAGAGUUUCACAAAACAUUGUUUGGUGUUAUAAGAUAAAUAAAAACAUGCACUGAAAAGAUGUGUGGUAGAUGGUUGAUUAUUUGUCAAGGUAUAUUUUUUUUCAAAGAUUACAAAUAGCUUUUAAAAUAUGCAAACUGGCAAUAUUAAAGCGGUUUAAUCUCCCCUUAAAACGCUAUUGGUCUCGACUAUUUAAAUAAAGUGUUUGUUAAAGGAAUAUGGCUUGGCCUGAAAAAUGUUCAGUCAGAAGAUUUUUUUUCACUUUAAUCCCUGAAUCCAACCCCUUACCUGAAUUUAACAGCUACUUACCAACUAUUAAUGAGCAGCAAAUUAGGAGUUUAUUGAGGCAAAAGUCAUAGUUAAUGGUUUGUUAAUAGUGAGAACUGGACCUUAAAAUAACGUGUGACAAUGUACCAUUGUACCUUGUGUGUCCAUCACUUAGCCAAAAAGAUUCAUAUAUAUUCAUAUACAUCCAUUUUAUAUAUUAAUUUUUUUAUUUGGUUGUUUGUCUAUAU